AUGGCUCUCGACAAGGACUCGCCAUCACCGAACCCCGACAGCAGAACCAACAGAUUGACAGCAGCUGCCUUGGGCUUGGCUGCGGGAGCGGCUAUCGGUUAUGGAGCUGCUUCCUUGGCUCGUAUCUCAUCCACAUCGUCUGCAUCAUCAAGCACUUCCGAUCAGGGCGAUGACGAACAGAAGCCACAUGGCAACCAGGUUUGGAACGAUCCAUAUGGACAAAAUGGCACUCUCUAUGACGAUGGAAAUGAUGUUGCUCAAGAGACGAGCAGUAUCCAAAGUGUGACUUCGUCGUCGCCAUCAGAUCAGGAAACCACAGGUUGGUUUGCACAAGAGCAACAAUCGGUGAAUAGCAAUUGGGACCAAAAUGCCGACAGUACCGACUACAUCGACAUGAACCACCACGGUGACCUUUACAGUAACGAUUCCCAGCAUUUCGACGACCGAUCCGUGACUUCGAAUCAGUCUUCGCCGAUGUACUACAACGACGAGCACUUUUCUCAGCAACCGAGCGAAUUUGAACAACCGUACGCACACCAAGAGGUCUUGGACACUGCUAAUGAGUAUGGUGAUUGGCCCGGCGAGGGCAAUAAAUUUCAGCAAUCACACGAAGAUCAGUCUGAGGGUGAUAAUGAGGGCGCGUCUGAUUCAGAGUCCUCGCUCUACGAUCCCCAGCCCGAUUACGGCUAUGAGCCACAGAAUCAGUACUUUCAACAUCAAGGAUAUGCGCCAGAGGCCUAUCAAGAUUCAGAUGGACCUGAGUAUGAAGAGAGUGAUGUGCAGACCGACUAUCAGGAUGGAAAUGGUGGCGAGUUGAGCGAAAAGUCUGACGGUAACGAUGACGGGGAUGAUGAUUACGAUAAUGGAUUUGACUCCCAAGACGACUCAGACUAA